AUGACUUCGCGUCGUCUAGCCCACUACUCUUCAAUACAGCUCAAGCGUCGACUGACAGCCGUCAAUGGCAGCCCAGCCACUCAAUCGCCCUCUAUUCUGGACUCGCUGAUUCGCACGGUAGAUGCAAAGUCCAAGAAUGCCCAGCUCCCAACGACCACCUUCCUUGUUCACGAGCGGCUGCUGUACCCCAAGGGAGCAGCGCUGGACAACAUGCUGAAGCUGGUGUCAAGAAUAGCUCCCGGGACACCAAUUGCAAAGGCCCAGCUGAUGGAAACCUGGCAGGAGGAAGUGUCAAAAGCAGUAGUUUUCCCCUCUCUCACGGAGCAUGCUGCACAGCGCAAAUUCGGGGAGAUCGUCAAGACCAUGUUCUGGCCAUAUUUUAGGGCGUCUCCAGAUGUGAUGAGCCAACUGCUGAGCACUAAGUUUCACACCGAUCUCGCGGAUGCCAUGCUGAACAACCGGCAUUUAGACGAACACAAUUUAAAUAUUUUGGCCCAAAUAAAGGAGGAGAACGGGGGCCACAAAUUCCAGGUAUUUAGAGAUAGCGAGAUGCUGCUGUUUCCAAAUGCCAGAGAUAAACACAAGAAGUCUUUGGCCAAGCUGACACGCUCCCGCUUCUUUACCGUCCAUGAAACAGACGACCAGGAGACCAGCGAAAACCACCUUUUGAAGGGCUCAAACUCCAAUUUUUUGCUGGUUGCAGGUGACACCAAGACGGCCAUGGAGUAUUUCAGACUCCUAAGCGCCCUAAAAAGUAAAUCUUCCGAAAUCAAAGGAUCGGUUGCCUUGGUGGUGCCUGGCUCGCUCUAUUCGCGCUCUGACGAUUUCUGGACUCUGGGGUCGCUAGACGAUGUAUAUUCGACAAUGAAAAAAAUUGCGUAA